UGUUCCCUGGACUGAUUUGUACCUUUCUAUUGUUCACAGUUCUUUUCCACUAAGUUUCAAUACGAGGCGGAUUACGGUCGCAGUGUGCACUUUCGUUUCAUUGAGACCAUUUCACGCCCCCUUUUGCCGAGUGAUUUUCGAAAGAAGACGCCCACUUUUGACGUGUGAUUUUUGUAAGUAUUUUCUAGUUCCGAACUUUGACAAAUCCCCAGCCUGCACUAGCGCGACAUUUCUGUGUAAUAGUUUAAGGGCUUUUACUAUUCUUACCUCCGAUAGGUCGUUUUCGAUUCAACCCUUUAAUAUCAUAGGCUGUAGGUUUUAGUUAGGCCCAAAUUGCUGAGAAAUCUUUGCAUACAUACAAAUACAAAUUCUAAUUGUUUGCUAAGGGUUGCAAAUCUUAUAAGCAAACUGGUUUAUGACAUCUUAAUCUGGUCCUAGCCACAUUAUCUUUUGAGUUAUUACAGAAACUUGAUGCAAUACUCUCAAUUCCAGAAACUCGAUUUUUCAGGUGGCUAUCUUUCUAUCGAACAAUGGAUGAAAUGAGAUACGAUGGGAUUAUGCUAUAUCUCAAAGAGCAAAAAUUUUCUGAGGAUGCUCUUUCUCUGCAGAGAAAAGAUAUAAGAAGGGCAAGCAAGAGUUUUUUUACAAGAGGUGUUAUUUUUUACAAGAUAACUUUUGCAAGUUUUAUUUUAAUUUUUCUUCAAAUUGUUAUUCACAAGUAGCUGAUUGAAGCAUGAAUCUAAAAUUGUUAGAGGAGCGUGAUGCUGAUGAUCAAAUUAUCCUGCAAGGGACAGCCUCUAGCAAUUCCCUAUUGACUUUGCUGUGAAGCAUUACUAUUCUAAUAUCAUUACUUAUCUUUUCAAAAACUUUAAGACUUCAAAUGAUACAUCUUCUAUACCAAUUAAUUAAAUCUUCAGUUUUGUACUUUUCUUUAAAAACUAUUUUUCAUGUCAGAGAAUAAAUUGUUCUACAAAGCAUGCGAGAAAAAUAUCAGAGGCAAUCCUGUUAUUCACAAGGAGAGAGAAGUUGUCAGAGGAAGAGUGAAAUCAAAAGAAAUAUUUUUGGCUUUCCAUGCUAACUUGAUGGGUGGGCACACUGGUCAAACAAAAACUGCAAAUGCCAUCUCUGAGAGAUUCUUUUGGCCAGGAAUGUGGGAAGACAUUAGGAAAUGGGUGUGUCCCUUGUAAUUUUAGUUGAUGGAAACUUCAAUAUGUUACAUUGACAUUUCCAUUUAGUUCUACAAGUGUUUCCUAAUAUUGCCUAAUUAUGAGUAAUCACAGUUCCCUGUGGGUCUUACAAAGCAAAGCAUCUAUUUCAUGAAAUGAACAUCACUGAGGCUAUGAAGUAAUAAAAAAACAAAUGAAAUGAAUUUGAAAAUGUGGAACAAAAUUUCUUUUGAAAUCAGGAAGACCAAGCAAAGCUAUUAAACAAACAUGUCAAGAACUUUUGCCUAGAUUUACCUCCAAAACAACUUAGCAUUAGGAAUUUCCUCAGACAGUAACCUCUAUUUUCUCCUAAAAACCAUCUCCAAUAAACAAACACCAUCUAAAAAAACAAAAACUGCUAUUGUUUUUCAGCAAUUGGCCAAUCGAUUUGUGAUGUUAUUCUGUCAUCAUGUAAUCCACAUGACAUCUAUCAAGUGCCAUUAUUGGGAAAGUCAAAUAGAUUGGCUGCCAAUGUGGGGGCUGGCGUAUAUCUUGGAAAGAGGCAUAAGCUCCCCUUUGCCCCUUUGUCACCACCAUUCUUGCAAUUAACUUAAAAAUACUGCAAAAAUACAUUAACAGACCAUGGAUAAAUGGAACACUGGGUACAAAAACAGCCUUGGUUCAGCUCAUUGUCCCAGGCAUCACUCUUCAUACAUUGAUUUUCUUUGUAGACCUAACUUUUUUUAUUGUACAGUAUAUAUCUUGAUAUUCUUAGUAUACCUGUAAAAUGUGUUGUUGAAUUAAGUGAGUUUGAGUUUGAUUAUGUAAUGUUUAUUUCAGGUGGGCUGCUGUGAAAAGUGUCAAAAAAAUACAGAUAUUAAGGUGGUAAAGGAAGAGCUUCAACCAAUAAAAGUUAGUGCUAUCUAGAAACUUAUUUAUUCUCUCAGCGCAUAUGUCCCAAGACAUUAUUCAAUUCUUUUGUCCAAAAUUUCAGAGCAACGAUAAAGUGUGUUUCUUUAAUGAUUUGUUAAACAAUGUGUUCCAUUUAAAUGGAGCAUAAUUUAACAGUAGUCAUAACUGCAAUUGGGUUCUUCAGUUUUGCUUUGUUUACAUGUCUUUUUUUUAAUCGAUUUCAGGUAUCUUUUCCAUUUGAAAUGGUCGGAAUUGACCUAAUUGGUCCUCUUGCAAAAACACAGAGGGGAAACUGCUAUAUAUUUACAGCCACCGAUUUUUUUUCAAAAUGGACUGAGGCUUUCCCCAUUAAAAGCAAGUGUGCUUCGGAAGUCGUGAAAUGUAUAUUACAGAUAUAUUUUCGGCAUGGUGCUUGCCAUGCAUACUUAUCUGACAACGGAGGGGAAUUUGUCAAUAAUGUAAGUUGAAUAUUUUAAAUUUUAUAAAUCAACUUUAUGAUAUGGAAAACUUGAAGUCGUGUACAAAAAGACGCGAUUUGCUCAGAGAACUUCCACGCAUAGUGAGCAAAGAAGAACUGCCAAGAACUUUGCAUUUUCAUUAAAUGAUUACCCAAGAUAUGAUACGAAUUGGAACUUGAACGAACAAUAGAUUUUUUAUCAUAAGUCGCUCAUUACUUUAGUCACCUUUCUGUAACAAACAGAAUGAAAGCAUAUAUAUCUCUUGAUUAAUGUAAACAAUGAACUAAAUAUAUUUUAUUACAAAUGUUAUGCAAGGUCAACGAGAGCUUGAUGACAGUUCUGGGGGCAAAGCACAAGCUAACGGCCAGCUAUCACCCUCAAACUAAUGGUUUAGAUGAAAGGACGAAUCAAACCAUUCAACGGUAUGAUAAAAAGACAUUUUUGAUUUUAAAUAUGCUUGUGGCCAAAAGCUAACUCUACUAACAAUGAUUGUGUGAAGAAGGUACCUUCGAUCGAGCCCUUUUUAGGCAAAAUAUUGUAAAUAGCGUAAAAAUGCAGCAAUCGACAGUCAAAAGUUGUCGGCGGCCAAAGUUGUAUAAAAUUUUUUUUGUUAAGAAAUGUUCGUUGACUAUAUCUACAAAACUUCAGCAAAAGACACUUUCUGAUGCAAACAACAAUCCUCUGCAAAUUGUUAUGUUCAUAAGUUGAAAACGGAAAUAUGUUAGAGAUUGCAAUGCUGUAAACCUUUAAAAGGCACCCGAAAGAGAAUUGCUUUUAGUUCAUUUUCCUAACUGACCCUCAAAAGUUGUGAACGAAAAAUUGCAACAUCUGGCAAAUUAUAUCUAUUCCGAAGUGAACUUCACAAUCAAUUUUCUCUCUCAACCUAUAAAUCAUUUUUCCCCAAAAUCAUAUAUUUUCUUAGUCGUUUGCGAACCAUGGUCGACGAAAAUCCAGCGCAGUGGGAUGAGUACCUUGAUGCUGCGCUAUGGUCCAUGCGUUCGAAACGGCAAGCGUCGACGAAAUUCUCUCCAUUCAGAGUCCUGUAUGGUAGAGAAGCGGUCUUUCCAAUUGAGUUGGAGGAAAUCCCAGAGACAAUCGAGGUUUGUUCUUAGUCAAGCAUCUAGGUCUUGUUGAAGUUAACGCAAAAGCUAUGGAAGUUGAUAAAGAUAUACUUACGUCGAUAUUGAUAAUACACUUUCAUAACAUACUGUCUAUCACAAACUAGACAUGAAUGUUAAGGUUUGGACAUGCAAAGCUAGGUUGUGAAAAAUUAUUUGUAUUGAGAUGUUGUAAAAGACAUGCUUUGCCACUAAAUAGUCUGAUACAAGAGAAAUGCAGGAGGAAAUGGAUGUACAAUUUCAUUCUUAUCGGAUAGAUCCACUUUUUCUGCUACUACUGCCUUUUUUUUAUUGUUAUGAUCAUUCCAAAAUACAAAGAGUCUAGAGAAUGAUCUAUUCAGUGUCUCUUUAGUCCGGCAAGUGCACAUUCGCAUUAAAAGCGGAAUAUAUUUAUGCUAGAAAUCGAUAUACUUCUCUUUUCACUAGAUCAACAAAGUAACACCCUUGGAUGCAGAUAUCGAAGAUCAUCUGCAAAAAUUUCAGACUGCAAAUAUUGAUUUGCACAAGAAAUUAUUGAGCAACGUUUCAAUAGCCCAGGAAAAGCAGAAGAGGGAGUACGGCAAAAGAGUGAAGGGGACGGUGGAAAAAUUCAAAAUUGGAAGCAAGGUAAUGGUGGCAAAUGUAAAGUUGAAAAACCAGAAGGGCAGGAAGCUGGACCAGAGAUACAGCGGUCCUAUGACCGUUGUGCACAUGCACAAAAAACAAUGUUUUUUGGAAGAUGGCAGGGGAAUUCCACUGCAAAACCCUGUACAUAAAGGCAGAUUAAAGUUGUUCCGAGAAGAUGAAGGUAGUAAUCACUAAACAUUUUUUGCGAUAAAAAAGGAAUAUAAUAACGAUCAUGUCAAUGAAAUGGAAUCAACUGGGAAAAAGACAUGAAGUUGAGAUGGAUAAUUAUUGAGAUGGAAAGAGCGCUUAAUUGAGAUGGACAAUUAUUUAAUAGGAAGCAACACCAAUUUUAAAUAUUUGCUGUUUCUGCCUUUGCAAGAAAACGAUCUUUAGCAAAUAAAUAACGAACAUAUCAUUUUACUCUAAAAGUCUAUGCAACAUAUUAGCAGAUGCUUUAAGGCAAUUUAGCGUUUUUAUGUGUUUUAAAAUAUUUACAUAAUCAGGCUUCGGUUAAAAUUAUCAAGAAUUCUUGAUGCAAUACAACAUCAUUGCAAUUAAAAGCAACGGCAAUGAAAUUUAUUUUAUUGUUUUGCCGACUAUCUAGCACCUAACAUUAACAUCAUAAUUUUAAAUUAUGUUGUAUUGCGAUUCAUAAUUAUGAAAUUACAUUAUCAAGUACUCCAACGAUUUGUAGCGGACAUGGUUUACUGAUGGUUUAAAGGAUUCACAGCAUAAUAGAAAAAGAAAAUAUAAAUAUCUUACUAAAAUACUCUACAUUUCUAAAAAUCUUAUUUGAAAUUGUAGAUUCAAAUGCUUCUCAUUUUUCUUCACCACCAAAAGAGGCACAAUACGACAGUGUCAUGGACCUUGGAACUACAUUCGCUCAGACAUCAAAUGACGACAAAAAAGAUAUUGAAAAAAAGUAUACGAAGAAAAGAAGCUUAAAGGAAUGCUCAAACGACAGGGAUACCGGUGCUGUAAAAAAGAGGAAAGAGGGAGUGGGAAACAAAGUUUCAUCGCGUUUCCAAAACACAACAGGAAACGCCCUACGGAACACAUUGGUUACCCUGCCUUCUAGUAAUCUUGCAUCAAAGAUAGAAGAAGCAACACUGAUUGAUCAUCUUUAUUCGAAAAUAACCGAAGACAUAAAAGGUAAGAAUUUGAUAACAGGGUUACUUUUUAGAGACAAAUAGCUUUAGAGAUUUUGACAGCUAAGUAAUACCAGCUUGAGUGGAGACUGAUAAACACAAUUUUCGAAUCAGCAAAUCACAGAUACUGGCAGAGGCAGAAUGUGGCAGAGGCAGAGCCUUUUUGUUGGAGAUCAAUAAUUCCAACAUACACUUAAACAAGUAAUCAGCUGUUUUGUCUGCUUCAUAUGGCAUUUCAACAGCCAAAGGUAUCUUCCUGUUACAUUUUGCA